AUGGCAUCAUCCCACGACCAGCCCGUGGUCAGUUUUCUGGGCCCUGUGGCCUCUUACUCGCACCAGGCAAGUUCCCUGACCAGGGCUCAACCAGGUUUGGGCCUCUUGCUGACUCCUUCACAAGGCGGUUCGGCAGGUUUUCCCCGAGGACAAAUGGCACUUGAGACCGACGUGUUUGAUGAGGUCCAGGAUCGCCGGGUCACUGCCGGCGUAGUCCCUUUCGAGAACUCGACCAACGGAUCUGUGGUAUUCACCCUAGAUAACCUGGCGGACCGGAAUGGCCGAUACAAGGACGUCACGGUCGAUGGCGAAAUCUUCGUUGACGUCCACCACUGCCUGCUUGGCCGCAAGAAGCCCUCUGAAAAGUUGGACCAAGCUCACGAAACUUCUGGAGCUUGCGCUCCCGCGGCUGCCAGUCCCAGUCCAUCGGUGCUCGACAGUCUCAGCCACAUCAGGCGACUGUAUUCACAUCCCCAAGCAUUUGGGCAAUGCAAUGCUUUCAUCUCCACCUAUCUCAAGGGCGUCGAGAUUAUCGACGUGAGCUCCACCAGCAAGGCCGCUGAGAUUGUGAGUCAAGAUGAAACCGGCACAUGGGCUGCCAUAUCGAACCACCUAGCUCUAAGCCUGUACGGCCUCGACCUGCUGGGCAAAAACAUUGAAGAUCGAGAGGACAACACCACCAGGUUUCUCGUAAUUGGGACGAAUCCCUCAGUGCCGGACGACUGGGACUUGCAAAAGCUGUCGAUUGCUAGGUCGGGCAGUAAAUCACUUGUCUCUUUUACUGUUCCUCAUACCGCUCCUGGUGCCUUGGCCGACGUGCUUGGCUGCUUUCGGGAAUUCAAUCUCAACUUGACGAGCAUUAAUAGCCGGCCCAGCCUGUUGGCACCAUUUCAGUAUAUUUUUUUCGUCGAAUUUGAAGGUCACAGGUAUGACGAUGCUGAUGGCCGAGUGAAGGGGGCCUUGGAAAGGAUUAGCCAGGCGGCUCAGAGCUGGAGAUGGCUCGGGAGCUGGGAGAGGUACAGGUAG